CGCUACGCUAUGCGCGCCGUCGCGCCCUCAGCUGCGCUCGCCGCGGCUCCCCGCUGCACGGCCCAAACGGCCCGGGCCCGAUGCGAGCCUCGCGCCGCCGCUGCCAGCGGUGCCUUGCUACGCUGAGCCACAAGCUGCAUGGUGGAGGGCGCCGUGCGGGGGGCGGGGAGGCAGGUGGCUUCGCGCAGGUGCGGCCCGCGCAAGGCCUGGGGCUCUGUUAGAAGCGCGCGGAGGCGCGGGCACGCCGCGGCGCGCGCCCGCCCUCCUGCUCGCGCUCAUGGAGCCGCCCUGGGAGAUAGAGCUCGAGCUUCGUCGGCAUAUCGAGAGCUGUGCCUGCACCUGCGACCACAUGGGCUACGGAAACUACAUGGACUAUCAGGUGGCGCCGGCCGCUCACCCCUGUAUAUGCCGUGCGAUCACCUCACCCCACGCCCACGCGGCGGUACCAGAAGGCAUGACGUUUCCUGGUUCCAUACCAGAUGUAGCAGAACGUUGCGGGCGUUGGGCACCGGAUUCACUCUCAGCUUCCGUAUCAGGAAGCUCUGACGAAAAGCCAACGCCGAGGCGGCCAAGAUGGAGAAUUGCCCUUGCUGGGCUCGUCGUGUUGGCCGGUCUUGGCGCCGCCCUUGCGUUGCCACUCGCUCUUGGUGGUGGUGGUCGCGCGACGCCCGAGCAGCGACUAACUACUAUAAGGCGGAUGUUACGUGAUUUUCCAUUAAUCGAUGGCCAUAACGAUUUGGCUUGGAACGUUAGAAAAUUCUUACAUAAUAAAAUAGGAGAUUUUAAUUUAAGUGCCGGCUUGGAAGGCCUUGAGCCGUGGGCUCGUUCGCGCUGGUCGCACACUGAUAUACCACGGCUACGACUCGGUCAAGUCGGUGCGCAAUUCUGGUCAGCAUAUGUCCCUUGUGGUGCGCGAGACAAAGAUGCGGUACAACUAGCCCUAGAACAGAUGGAUGUCAUUAAAAGAAUAGUGGAUAUGAACGCAGCCCAUCUUGCAUUGGUUACCGAUGCCGCAGAACUAUUAGAGGCCCACCGUGAUGGUCGGAUAGCUUCACUGAUUGGAGUUGAAGGUGGUCAUGCCCUGGGAGAUUCACUUGCGGUGCUGCGCGCAUUUUAUCAGUUGGGUGCUCGAUAUCUUACGGUUACUCAUACGUGUGAUACGCGAUGGGCGCGUGCCGCUGGCACUUCUGGUGGACUCACAGAGUUCGGACGCGCCGUGGUGCGUGAAAUGAAUCGUCUAGGGAUGAUAGUGGAUCUGUCACAUGCAGGAGAAGAAACAGCGAGAGAUGCUCUAGAAACCACUCAAGCUCCGGUCGUUUUUUCACAUUCAGGUGCAGCAGCAAUAUGUAACUCAUCCCGUAAUGUUCCUGAUGACCUGUUACGCAUGAUUGCUGCAAAUGGAGGUGUCGUUAUGAUUAAUUUUUAUGCUAAGCUCGUAACGUGUGGAGAACGCGCUACUGUGGAAGACGUAGUAGCUCACAUAAACCAUGUUCGUCGAGUAGCUGGUGUAGAGCAUGUAGGAUUGGGUGCAGGAUAUGAUGGUAUUGAUGCACCUCCCGAAGGGUUAGAAGAUGUUUCACGAUAUCCUCAUUUGCUCGCAGAAUUAUUGCGAGAUCCAGACUGGAGUGAAGAUGACGUGCGUAAACUUGCUGGUAUGAAUGUUGUACGCGUUAUGCAAGAUGUAGAGCGUGUGCGUGAUCAAUGGCGACGUGCAGCCGUUUUACCGGGCGAAGAAUCUCCUGGAGUUCGCCGUGGUGACUGCGUGUAUGGGCCUGCGUGACGCAGGCUCCGAGCCGCGCGCUUCCGCGGCCCUCCUCGUACUGCUCAAUAUUGACAUUUGUUGAACGUAGUUAUAAAAUAUGUAUAUUAGUGUCCAAAUGUGAUUUAGCGAUUAAAGUAAUCUUUACCUGACCUCGAAGCACAAAUUGUUUAGCUAAGGAGCCGUACGCGCUGGGCGCUUCGUCUCGGUGUCGGAACGCGGUCCGAUCGCUAAACUCUUCUCCAUCCAUGCACACGACUUCGUUGACGAAAGCCCAAUGCGAUUCGGAUUUAUAUGACGUGAGCCAAUGAAGAUAUUAAAAACGGAAUAAAGUGUUUAU